AGGGCUUAGAUGGCAAGAUGUAGAGCUAAGUUGAACAUUUUUGGUUCAACAAGAGAGCAAUAUGCUAGGGUAUGGGAUUAUGGGAAGGCUGUAAUGAAAUACAACCCUGGGUCUAGUUGUAAUGUUGUGAUUGAUGGCAUUGAAAAGCCUGAGCCUCCCUUGUUUAUGAGGAUGUUUAUUUGUUUAAGGCCUUUGAAGGAUGGGUUCUUGAAGGGUUGUAGGCCAAUUAUAGGGGUGGAUGGCUGCCACUUGAAAGGAGGUUAUCCAAGCCAGAUUUUAGUUGGAGUCUCCAAGGAUGGGAACAACAGCAUUUACCCCAUUUCUUGGGCAACUUGUGAGGUUGAAAACAGGGAGACUUGGGUCUGGUUUCUGGAAUCCUUGAUGCAAUGCAUUGGAAGUGCAUAUGGGGCAGGCUUCACCUUCAUGUCAGACAGGCAGAAGGGACUGGUUGAAGCUCUGUCUGAAGUUGUGCCUAAUGCAGAGACUAGGUUCUGUGUUAGGCACAUUUGGGCAAAUUUCAAGUUGAAGUUCACUGGAUCAGUUUUCAAAGAGCUCUUUUGGAGUGCUGCAAGAGCAACAACAUUUGUUGAGUUUCAGAUAGCCAUGCAACAGAUUAGGGAGCUUGAUGAGGAUGCUUACAAUUAUUUGGAGAACAUCCCCACUCAUCACUGGUGCAGACAUGCAUUCAGUGACAGUUGCAGGUCCAACAUGUUACUAAACAACAUGUGUGAGACUUUCAACUCUGUUAUCAGAGAUGCAAGAGACAAACCUAUCCUCACCCAAAUGGAAUGGAUGAGGAGGUACAUGAUGACGAGAAAUAAUGAGAAGUGGGAGGACUCCAAGGAAAUCACAACCAACAUCACUCCAUAUGUGCAUAAGCUAUUUCAGAGGAUGAGCUAUGUGGCUAGGAAUUGCAUAAUUGAAGCUGCCAGGGAUGACACUUAUGAAGUGCAGCUGAAUGAUGACCAGAGGGUUGAUGCUGAGCAGUUUGUCCACCCCUAUUACACUAUGGACACUUACAGAGCAGCAUAUGAGCCUGCAAUUCAACCUAUGCCAGGCCCAAAGCAUUAG